AAGAUGUACCCAGGAGACAGCAGCUCUCGCCCCUUCAAGCAGAGGAAAAGCCUCGCCACCAGGAUGCAUGAAGUGACAGAAAUCCGGCUAAAAUACCCCAACAAGAUCCCGGUGGUUGUGGAGCGCUACCAGAAGGAGAAGACCUUGCCCCCCUUGAGCAGGACCAAGUUUCUGGUGUCCCAGGACCUGCCCCUGUCCCAAUUUGCUGUCACCUUGAGGACGCGGCUCUGCCUGGCCUCCUCCCAAACCUUCUACCUGCUGGUGAACAACAAGGGGCUGCCCAACAUGGCCAUCACCAUGCAGGAGCUCUACCAGGACAACAAGGACGAGGACGGCUUCCUCUACCUCACCUACGCCUCCCAGGAGAUGUUUGGCAGCUCCUCCUCCUCCUCGACCGCCCCUGCCACCUCCGUGGCCUCAGGGCUGCUCACCUCAGGACCCUGA